AUGGAGGUGGAGGUUGCGCCUGUGGCUACGGCGGUGACUACAGUUGAGGAACCCCAUGAGGUGGAGCCGGAGGUGGAGGAAGAUUUUGAGGAGGCCACGGGGGUGGAGUCUGAGGACGGUGUGGAGGAGGAUCCCGAUGAGGAGGCGGAAGAGGACCUCGAGGAAGCGAAGGAAGGUGAGGCGAAUGUGAGGGCGGAGGAGGAGGAGGCUGUGAAUGGACCGGAAGCGGCGGUUAAUGGGGGCGGUGAUGAGGAGAUCGUGAUAGUGCCACUGGUGGUGGUGAAGCCCGGGGAGGCAGAGGAGGAGAAGGACAAACCUGAAGAGUCCAAGGACAAGGAGAAGAAGGAAGAGCCCAGUGAGGUGGAUGAGGAUUCCGAGGAGGCGGCGUUGGAGGAGGAACCCGAGGAGGUGGAAGAGAGUGCGGAGGAAGGCGAGGGGAUGGCGAAGGAUACCACAAAGGGCUUGAAACCUGGAGGAUUUGGAGGUAAUGGUAAGCAUGGCGACAACAAUAAGGAUAAAGUUGCUGACAUAUCGAGCAAUGAUGGCGAUGCUGGUGGAAGUGGAUGUGGUGUUGUGCAAGACGGUGAACUUGCUGGAGACCUUGAAAUAUUUGUUGACGAAUUGCCUAAGGACUGUGUUGAGGUAGAUUUUACAAUGGUCUUUGCUCAAUGUGGGGAGAUCAAAUUCGUAAGGAUAAUAAAAAACUCAUCAAACGGAAAGAGCAAAGACAUUGGAUUUGUUGGUUAUGUGAAUAUUGAAGCUGCAAAGAAGGCUCUUGCUGAAUUUAAGGAGGGAAUUGAGGUCAAAGGAAAAAAGGUCAGGGUAUCUGCUUGUCAAGAUAAUAAUACCCUUUACCUUGGAAACAUCUGCAAGAGAUGGACAAAAGAUCAGGUUACAACUGUAUACUUGGAGCAUGUUCCUCUUUAUUGGGAUGAGGGGAAAAUCGAAGAAUGCUGUGACGGAUAUGGAAAGAUUCAGAAUGUUAACCUUUUCCAGAUAUCAAACAACACAGAAAAGAAAUCUUUUUCUUUUGUUGAAUUCUCAUCCAGCAAGAGUGCAAUAGCUUGUGUGGAAGGAAUAAACAAUGCAAAGAUUGGUGAGGGAGGCUUUAAGUUGUCUGCAAGUCUUGCUCAGCCUAAAGGUGGGAUUAAGGUUAAUAAUGGUACAACUUCGGAAGAUGCUAACACAUCUAAGAAGAAAAAAGAUGACACAGAGGUUGUUGAGAAUAAGUCACCACAUAAAGUGCCAAAACUUAAUAAGAGCGAAGUAACCUCUCAGACAAAGGGGGUCGUCGUGAAGAAGAGUUCACCAAAUGAACUGCCAAAAGGUAAUGAGAGCAAGCUAGCCUCUCAAGGUACUACAGAAGUACUACAAACAUCCAACCCUUCUAAAGGGAAAAGGACAGUUAGAAAAAAUAUAAAUACCUCUGUAAACCAACGACCAUUGAAGAAAAACCGGAGUAAACGUAGCGUUAAUGAGAGCAGGCUCUCCUAUCAAGGUGCUGCAGAAGUAAUGCAAACAUCCAACUCUUCCAAAAGGAAAAGGAAAGCUGGAAAUAACAGAAAGACCUAUAUAAAUGAAAGACCGUCAAAGAAAGCACAGAACAAUUGUGAUGCUCUGACAAGACCUUCCAACACAACACAGCUUGAUGGUUAUGCUAGGGGUACAGGGCAAUCUGCAGAACCUCGAUAUGCAUCUAACUCUCAAGCCUACCCCAGUGUGCGUGCAACUUCAAGAUCUAAAGCACAUUCCUCUGAUCUGGAACCUCAUGCUGGAUACAUUCCUCCUGCAAGUCGAGUUCACAGCACCCAUGCAAGUGCACAGUACAAUAUCCAUUAGACAGAUGUUCUUCCUUAUGCUAGAGAAACAGCAGCUCCACACCCAAUCUAUUCUGAUUACACAAGCCAUGCUGGCUAUCAGGCUGGAUAUAUGUGUACCCUCCCCCUCCACCUCCAAGUGGAUCUUAUUACCUAAGGAGAGGUGAUUACUAACAUCCCUCCAAGAAGAGGUGAUUACUAACUAAAAUACAAGUGUUGGCUCCGUGGUAACAGAAUCGGUCCCGGUUGCCAGGCACCCUUACUCGGAAAGAAGUUUAGAUGACCCCCAUAAGUUCUAUUCUGGUUGCGAACUGAGCUAUCUUUGUGGUGGAACCUGGGAUUUAAGUCUUAGACUCAUGGAUGCUCAUAUUUUCUCAGAAUUAAAUCUUUAGAGGUAUUUCAGUGGUCAAAGCGUAUACCUUCGCUAUGCGAGUUUA